AUGGGCCCGGCAGCCGAACAAGACACCCACUUCCUCGCCUCCUUCCGCUCAGACGUCCUCAGCGGGCCCAAUCAAAUUGACGCAGAGUUCAUUCAGGUCUACGAAGGGAGCGGAUACCCCUGGGAUCCGCCGGUUCACUUCUGCCUCCUGCAAGACGAGUUCACGGCCCACGAUAACUCAGCCCGGGAAGAAGCUUCUCGUGCGAUAGAGGAAAUGGUUGAGCCUCACGGUCCUACGCUUGUACGCCUAUACUUCAGACACAUUCACCCAGUGUUGCCUGUUCUGUCGAAGGUCAGGUUUCUAAGACAAUACACCGACGAUAAAACAAAGCUUCCCGCCUCCCUCCGCGGGGCAGUAUACGCACUAGCCUCAGUCUUUUGGAAGUCUGAGCCGUCACUCCAAGGCUUCCUUCAUUUCCAACAGCAUGAGCUCGCCGACCUAGCCACAGACUCGUUGCAAAGAGAACUCGACUCGCCAAACCUGGCAAAGCUUCAAGCAUCCCUGCUCCUCCUCCACAUGACGCCCAACAAGACAGACAGUAUCGCGCACCCCAGAACCUGGACAUCGACAGCGCAGGCCGCAGCCGCUGCUCAAAUGAUCGGGCUGCACCAGGACGCUGAGAAGUGGAAUCUACCGACGUGGGAGAAAAGGCUGCGAAGGAAGCUUUGGUGGGCUACGUAUAUGACUGACGUGUGGUCGGCAGUGUGCCACGGAAACCCGCCACAUAUCUAUGCUGCUUCUUUUAACACGUCACCCGUCACUAUGGACGAUCUGCGAUCCGAGGAGAGCAUUCCUGAGGACUUGCGAUCGCUGGUUUAUUCUAGUAAUGUGGGAUUUGAUGUUGCUUCCGGAGCGCGGUUUCUGGAGUUGGUAAAGAUAAGCCAGACCUUGCGAGAGGUAAUUGACUGCAGCUUUCAAGUGCCUAGGCUUGCCCCUCCAGACUCACAGAAGAUGGAAAUGGAGAAUCGAGGGUGUCUAGUCUCGCUCCAGGGAGAACUCCAUAACUGGGCAACGAUACUGCCGCAAUGCCUUACAAUGCCUCAUCUCAAGGGGGCAAUAAGUAUUACAUCCAACAAUGCACCUCUACAUCUAGCGUAUUACGCCCACUUGGCGCUUCUUUACCGUGCUCUCAUGAACCCGGCUACCAAGGUUGCUAAGGCAAUGCCAUCAUCUAGCCUUCGCCUGUGGUUCGGCACGGCACUCUCGGACUUUGCUAGUUUUACGGACUUCAUGAAUGAACUAAACCCUGAGGACCUACGAGGCUUCUGGGGCUGCCACGCCCGAUCUCAGCUCAUACUCUGCGGUAACUUCAUCAUCUACCUAUUUGUGCUGGCAACUGAGUCAGGAGACGUCACGUCGGCCUUCAGCCUACUAGAGACCUUUUACGACACGCUGCAGCGGCUAAACCGACAAGUUGACUCAAUCUCGCAGUUACUCCUUCUCCCGGUCAGUCUUCGGAUUGACUCCUUCUUCACCCAGGCAGCCGAUCGACUACGUGGUGGGCCAGUUGCCGACAGUACAGCUACUACAACUUCGACUCCCGCAGCGGCACCAAUAUCACUCAUGAACAACCCCUAG